GUUUUUUUGUUGGUUUCUGAUAAGUUGUUGGUAUGAAUAAACAUAUUUCUUUUUCUUCAAGGUUCUUGUUUUAACUGGAAAAAGAAUGUGACUGUGAUAGUAUUACUGGAAGCUAAACUUCAGCGUGUUAAGAAAUUUGCAUCAGAUGAAGACUUAUUUAAGCAUUUUUAUAUGCAACUGUAGUAUUAUUAUGAACACAUUAUUACUCAAGCUCACUCUGCUGCCCCCAACCUCACACUGAAUUAUUCAUAGAGAGCAUGUGAACCCAUAUUGCACACUGUUAUGUGCAAUAUCUUGUGUCGCAAGUGGAACCGACCUCACAUAAAUUAUGCAUCCUGCAUAAUGUAUGUUCUAUUCAUUUAGUGGUUUUCUGAGAAUUUCUUAUUUUUGUUGUUUUUUGCUUAUUUUCAUUUAAUUUGUAUGACAUAAGUCAUGUUUGUUGACAGCAGUGCCUCUAUUCUAUUCUACUGGCAGUAAUUUAUUCAAUGAAUGAUCUCAAAUAUGUCAUAGCUUGUAAAAAAUAAGUAAAAAAAAUAAAAAUAAAGAAGUGUCCAAAAACAGAGACAAUAAUUCAUUACUCUAACCCUAUCCCUAAUAAUUAUUUCGUUCUACGGAGUUUUUAAAGGGUAUUAUUUUGAAAGACUAAGCCGGAAAUGAUCCUGUAUAUUUUCAGUGGCUUUGUGCAGAUGGUGGGAACACCGACACCUCAGCAUUCAGGCGCUCUCAGUCCGGUUCACUCCACGCUCCGGGUCAGCUACAGGGGCGAGAAUUAAUUUAGAAACGCACGUCUUUAUAAACAGAGCAACAAAACUAAAAAUAAAAUAGUAUAUAUGCAAAAUAAGAAGUUGGACUUUAUCUAAUUGGAUCAGAGACUAUCUGUAUCAUCACAAGACUUUUUUUCUUUCUUUCCUUCUCUCUGCCUUUCAUUCUUUCUUGUACUUCUUGCUCUUGUUCAACUGGGUUGGAUGCGCUCUGGCUCUGCUGCCUCCUGUGAUGGACCGGACCGGGAGCUGAACGGAGGGCUUGGUGGGGCUGCCAGGUGCGCACAAGGAGGUCUAAACCCAAAGGCCGUGGGGUGAAAUAGGGCCGAGCCUGCCUCAUGUGGGAUUCCUCUGUCUUCUGGUCCCCACCAACCCCCAUCUUCCCAGCAUCGGUGGGAUGUCCCAGGUGUGUCUCCUCUUGGCCUUGCUUACGCUCUCCAGCUGCACUAAGGUGUCCUUUGCUAACUCUCUGGAGCUUGUGAAGGAGAAGUGGAGCAACUACAAGGACAAUUGCACAAGCCAGAUCAAUUCCACGCCCCCUGCCACAGGGUUGGUGUGUAACAGAACCUUUGAUUUGUAUGCCUGCUGGCCUGAUGGACGUCCAGGUACUACUGUAAAUGUCUCCUGCCCAACAUUCCUGCCAUGGCAUCGAAAAGUUCAGCGGGGUUUGGUCUACAGAGUCUGCAACGAAGACGGCAAAUGGGGACAAAAGAACACCAGCGAAUGUGAGGACGAUCCCGGCGAGUCGGGUUUGCAGCAGCAGUAUGGCCGCAUCCUCAGCAAGCUGCGCAUCAUGUACACAGUGGGAUACUCUCUGUCACUCGGAGCGCUGCUCCUGGCCCUGGCCAUUCUCAUCAGCUUCAGGAAGCUCCACUGCAUGAGGAACAACAUCCACAUGAACCUGUUUGCUUCGUUCAUCCUGAGAGCGGUUUCGAUUCUGAUCAAAGACGCUCUGCUGAGCCCGAUGCUGGACCCAAAGAGUGGCAGCGAUGCCCAGACACAGGCCUGGGUCAACAUACCAGCCGUGAUGUGGUGCCGAGGCGCCAUGGUGAUGAUGCAGUACAGCGUGAUCGCCAACAACUACUGGCUGCUGGUGGAAGGCAUCUAUCUGCACAGCCUCCUCGUCAUCACCGUUUUCAGCGAGAAGAAAUACUUCUACAUUUACUUGGCCAUCGGCUGGGGUGCACCUCUCAUAUUUGUGUUGCCGUGGAUCACAGUGAAAUAUCUGUAUGAGAACAUAGAGUGCUGGGAGAGGAAUAUUAACAUGGGGUAUUGGUGGAUAAUCCGUUCUCCCAUAUUGUUUGCUUAUUUGAUUAACUUCUUCAUCUUCAUCCGAAUAAUUAAAAUCCUGAUGUCUAAACUUAGAGCUCAUCAGAUGAGAUACACUGACUACAAAUUCAGGCUGGCGAAAUCCACGCUGACUCUCAUCCCGCUGCUCGGCAUUCACGCCAUCCUCUUCACCUUCGUCAUUGAUGAGUCUGUCCCGAAGGGCUCCAUGCUUCGCCUCAUUCGCCUCUUCUGUGACCUCCUGUUCAACUCCUUCCAGGGCCUGCUGGUUGCCAUACUGUAUUGCUUCGUCAAUAAAGAGGUUCAGUCCGAGAUGCUGAAAAAGUGGAAGAGGUGGAAGCUGGGGAAGGACAUCGACGAGGAAUACCGCCACACCCACAGCCAGACGCCGCACGUCAAGAGCGGCAGCAUCGCCACCGGGAACCUGACCGACCUUCAGGACAACAACGCCAGCGACCCAAGCAAUGACUCGCCGCGGUCCAACAAGGCCAAUUGCCACCCGUCCUGCUCCGCUGAGGAAAACCGCAGGCUGGUGGUCUCCUACAGCAACGGGACGGGCAAAGCCAGAUCCGCCAAAAAUAGACAAGCCCUGCAGUUCACCUUCCCACCUCAGAGAGGCGCCACCAGCAGGGGCAGCAGCACGACAGAGGACAUCAGCCUGGAGGAUCGGGCGCAGCACCGCUCGUACCCACAGGAGGGAGACGAAACAAGUGUCUGAAGACGACAUUUUGUUUUUGUUUUUAGCACAAAACUCUCAGCUUUCUAAAGAUUGUGCACCUAAAUGGAAAAAAAAUAUGCAAAAAACACCGCAUUUAGAUCACUCCUAAAAGGAAUCAAAAGAUAAGCUUACCAUGUUUAAUGUAAUAUUUAUUGAUUAUGAAAGACGGUAAGAAUGAUUUAACGAUGAGCGUGACUGCGCAGCAUGUUUUUUUUUUACUGUAAAUGCAGACGUUUUGGACGACCACAUGUCCAACAUCAAACCUUCACCGCUGCUGUCUGUCAUCAUGAGGACUGAUGGGGUUACGGGUUUGCUUGCAGCAGCGGGCGCUUGCUCAUGGUACAGGAUGGCUUUAAGAGCGCAGCAAGCGCGGCUCUUAUUUUCUCAGAUGUUAUGAGAAGAGCCAGGCUGAGGGAUUCACUCGAGACAAAUGAAUUGUUGCACUUAAUGCCGGUAGUAAAAGCGCAUCAUGCCGAGGGAGCCGCACUGAAGACGGGGAUGGCUUUCAUUUUCCAAAAGACUCUGUGAUUGUGUUGAAAUGACUGUGAUUUAAAAUAAUCGAUGCCAAAAAAUAAAACAGUUCUAUAAAUAUAAUAUACAUUUUUGCAUCAGUUGGGUUCUGCAUUGACAAUUUUUCAAGCUUUAUGUUUUUUUUAUACAAAUGGCAACAUUCUAUCCAUUUUUACAAACAUUUUUGCUCUAAAGGGAAAAAAAAAUAAGUAAAUUUAAACUACUUUGUUGUCGCUUGCAUAUAAUUUGAUCUUCAUGUAGUCCAUAUAGUGCUUAUGUUAAAUUUCUGAAUUUCUGUGUGAAAGAUUCACUAUCACUGCUAAAAAUUGAAAAAAAGACUUUCCUUUAUGAAAAUGUAUUUGGUGUAUCUUAUUAAAGUGAAUGUAAUUCUCAAUUGCUACAAUUGCACAGCCAUUUUCUAUGCACCCAUACUUUUUUGUUUUCUAUUGGAUCGUGUUAAGCAGAAUGCAUCACCAAGUAAAGAUGUUAAAUUUGAUGAAAAUACUCUCUGGUGAAGGUUUUAUAUCCAGUUAAAUAACCUCUGACCUGUACAUUGUGAUGUAAAGAACACCAAUAGUUAAUUUCUAUGUAUUUAUAUUAUUCUGUCUGGAGUUUGAGUCAGGGAUCAUAUUUAUUUUCAGAAGCAAGAUGUUGUAAAAAUAUAGAACCAUUUUUAUAAUGUUGUGCUAGAAGAAUUGAACCAGCGAGGAUUUCCACAAAACAAGAGACAGAAAACAGUUUGUGUUUGAAUGUGGCGUGUACAUUGUAACUAUAUUAAAGUAUUAAACAUUAAAAUGUUAAUGGAAGGUGGGUAAAGGGGCAGAUUAUUAUUUCUAGUGCACAUGGUUGAAACUUAACUUUUGAUAUAUUUAAUUCCCACUUUAAACUUUAAGCAUUUGUCAAGAGGUCGCCAAACUGUACAUGGUUAAAAGAUUUAAGUAAAAAAAAAACUGGUUGUGUCUAAUUUCUUUUUGUGAAUCCAUAAAAAAUAAAUUCUGUCAGCAAAGAA